CUCCGACUCGCCCCCAAAAAAGGGAUUCAAAAGGGAAACAAAAUCAAUUCGCUUUCAUACCUGGAAAGCUCGAAAAAGGGAAAGAAGACUAUUUAUAAGAGCUUAGCUCAGUUUCACACAUACAUACAUAGAUCGAUUUUUCUAGGGUUUGUUUGUUUGUUCGUUCGUUGAUUUAGCUCUGUGAUUGCGACAAGUUAGAGAUCUCUCCAUGGCUGAUCGUGGAUCUUUCGGAUUCGCCCCUCGAUUAGAUAUCGAACAGUUGCUGUCUGAAGCACAACACAGGUGGCUGAGACCUGCUGAGAUCUGCGAGAUUCUUCGGAACUACCAGAAGUUUCAUAUUGCGUCAGAGCCUCCCAACAGACCACCCAGUGGUUCACUCUUUCUCUUUGACAGGAAGGUUCUCAGAUAUUUUAGGAAAGAUGGGCACAAUUGGAGGAAGAAAAAAGAUGGUAAAACAGUGAAAGAGGCUCACGAAAAGCUCAAGGUAGGAAGCAUUGAUGUGUUACAUUGCUACUAUGCACAUGGGGAAGACAACGAGAAUUUUCAGAGGCGUUGCUACUGGAUGCUUGAACAGGAACUGAUGCAUAUUGUUUUCGUUCACUACUUGGAGGUUAAGGGCAAUCGGAUAAGUUCCAGUGGAACUAAAGAAAACAAUUCAAAUUCUCUGAGUGGAUCCGCUUCUGUGAAUAUUGACUCAACAGCAAACACAUCCAGCGCAUUGUCACCACUAUGUGAAGAUGCUGAUUCUGGAAAUCGAGAUGGUUGGACAUCGCAGGUUCAUGGGAACAGAGUAAAAGAAAACGACUCACAAAGAUUAGUGGGUGUCCCAGCAUUAGAUGCUUCCUUUGAGAAUCACUUGGCAAGAUACCAGAAUGUACCAGUACCUUAUAAUCCUCUGUUGUCUCAGAUAAAUCCUUCUAAUGCUGGCUUAAUGUCCGUGGAAGGGCAUCUCAGAAAUCCUCUUCAAAACCAAGUAAAUUGGCAGAUUCCAGUUCAGGACAGCUUGCCAUUGCAAAAAUGGCCCCCCAUGGACUCUCAUUCUGGUAUGGCUGUUGGUACUGACCUGGCCUUACAUGAGACGUUUUCGGGUCUUAUUGGUACUCAAAAUCAACAGCCUAUUGGUGGUGAUAGUUUUCAAGCUCCGUUUACAAGUGUUGAAGCAGCAUACAUACCUAAGUUUGGCCCUGAGGAUCUUCUAUAUGAAGCAAGUGCUAACCAAACGCUACCUCUAAGGAAAUCACUGUUGAAGAAAGAGGAUAGUUUGAAAAAAGUUGACAGUUUCUCUCGAUGGGUUAGUAACGAACUCGCCGAGAUGGAGGACUUGCAGAUGCAGUCUUCAUCCGGAGGUAUGGCUUGGACCUCUGUUGAAACUGCAACAGCUGCUUCUUCCUUAAGCCCUUCCUUAUCUAAGGAUCAGCGCUUCACUAUGAUAGACUUUUGGCCCAAAUGGAAUCAUACAGACACAGAAGUUGAGGUCAUGGUUAUUGGGACGUUUCUGUUGAAUCCUCAAGAAGUAACUAGCUACAGCUGGGCAUGCAUGUUUGGAGAAGUGGAGGUUCCUGCUGAGAUUCUAGUGGAUGGUGUUCUUUGCUGUCAUGCUCCUCCACAUGAAGUCGGUCAAGUCCCGUUCUAUAUCACAUGUUCCGACAGAUUCUCUUGCAGCGAAGUACGAGAGUUUGAUUUCCUUCCUGGCUCUGCAAGAAAGUUAAACACUGCAUACAUAUAUGGUGCCUUUACAAACGAAGCAUCACUUCAUCAACGGUUUGAGAAUCUCCUGUGUCGCGUAUCUAGUGCUCAGGAACAUAAUAUAUUUGAAGAUGUUGGGGAGAAACGAAGAAAAAUCAGUAGAAUCAUGUUGCUAAAAGAUGAAAAGGAGUCUCUCCUCACGUCAACAAAUGAGAAAGAUUUAACAGAGUUGGAAGCAAAAGAGAGACUUAUUAGGGAAGAGUUUGAAGAUAAAUUAUAUUUAUGGCUUAUCCAUAAGGUGACUGAAGAGGGUAAGGGUCCAAAUAUACUAGAUGAAGAAGGACAGGGUGUUUUACACCUUGCUGCAGCUUUAGGGUAUGAUUGGGCUAUAAAGCCAAUUUUGGCAGCAGGAGUUAGCAUCAACUUCCGAGAUGCUAAUGGUUGGUCUGCUCUUCAUUGGGCUGCAUUCAAUGGCAGGGAGGAUACUGUUGCUCUACUUGUCUCUCUGGGUGCUGACUCCGGAGCACUAACAGACCCAUCUCCAGAGCUUCCUUUGGGCAAAACAGCUUCUGACUUGGCUUACGGAAAAGAACACAGAGGAAUCUCAGGUUUCCUUGCAGAGUCUUCCCUCACCAGCUACCUCGAGAAGCUAACGGUGGAUGGCAAAGAAGACAGCUCCACUGACUCCUCUAGAGCAAAAGCUGUUCAAACAGUAGCUGAGCGGACAGCUACUCCUAUGAGUUAUGGUGAUGUACCUGAAACACUGUCGCUGAAGGAUUCUCUCACCGCUGUCUUGAAUGCCACACAAGCAGCUGAUCGUCUUCAUCAGGUGUUUAGGAUGCAGUCGUUCCAAAGGAAACAGAUGUCUGAGUUUGGUGAGAAUAAUGAGUUUGGUAUGUCCGAUGAGUUGGCUGUUUCUUUUGCAGCUGGGAAGAGUAAGAAGGCAGGACAUAGUAGCGGUGCUGUUCAUGCCGCUGCUGUUCAGAUUCAGAAAAAGUACCGUGGUUGGAAGAAGAGAAAGGAGUUCUUGUUGAUCCGACAAAGAAUCGUCAAGAUUCAGGCUCAUGUGAGAGGACAUCAAGUGAGGAAACAAUACAGAGCCAUUAUAUGGUCUGUUGGAUUACUCGAGAAAAUCAUCUUACGGUGGAGACGUAAAGGUAGUGGCCUACGCGGAUUCAAACGCGACACAGUCACCAAGGCGGCACCUGAACCUGUAUGUGCACCAACACAAGAAGAUGACUAUGAUUUUCUCAAGGAAGGAAGGAAACAAACCGAGGAAAGACUUCAAAAGGCUCUCACCAGAGUGAAGUCCAUGGCUCAAUAUCCAGAAGCAAGGGCUCAGUACCGUAGGCUAUUAACUGUCGUUGAAGGCAUCCGCGAGAACGAGGCUUCUUCUAGCUCAGCUAUGAACAACAACAAUAAUAAUAGUAAUACAGAGGAAGCUGCGAAUUACAACGAGGAAGAUGAUUUAAUCGACAUUGAUUCUCUUUUGGAUGACGAUACUUUCAUGUCUCUUGCAUUUGAAUGAUGAUGGAUCCAUCCACUCACUGUAUGAUGAUGAUACGCAAAUGCUUUUUUUUUCCUAACAUUAUUUAGGUUUUGCAUUGUAAAUACAGCUUUUAUCUCUCUACAUAGUUGGGAGAAUGAUGAUGGAUUUGAUUUAUUAGUUUGGGGGUAUAGAGAGACGUGUUCUUGUCAAGUUGUAUGUACCCUUAGAAGUAAGUGGCUUCUGCAUAGCUUCAAUGCUCAAUGCCUUUUGUACACAAACUGGUUUGUUUUUUACAUGGUGAUUGGUCUUUUACCUUCUUCUUGGUCUGCAAUUUUUUAAUGUUGUUCUUCAGUUUUGCUUGACAAAACAUGUUAAUUAAGUAACCGCACUAGUAGUAAGGUUAUUCUACUUUGUUGUGUAAUGUCAUCUAUUCAAUUCCUU